GGGAAGGGCAAGGCCCUGGCAGGGAGUAGCAGUUCAGGGGACCACAGAGGUGGUCAUGGGAAGAGGCGGCGGACUCAUCAACUGGCUCCGGCUAGAGCAGCAGCUGCACCUAUUAGGACUCCACCUAUUAGGCAGGCAGCACCAUUGAAGUGUUUCAACUGUGGUGAGCCAGGCCACUUCUCUUCGGCAUGCACGAAGCCCAGGAGGCAAGGAUGCUUCACUUGUGGGCAGGCAAGCCAUUUUGCCAGGGAUUGCACCCGACCUCAGGCUGUAGGACAGGGUGUUCAGCAGAGACCAUUACUUCCAGCGCCAGCCAGAGUUUAUGCCAUUGGUCAGCGUGGUGCAGGAGUGGAAGGUACCAUUCUUGUUUAUGAUCUGCUUGCUUCAGUUUUGUUUGAUACGGGGGCAACCCAUUCCUUCAUAUCUAGCUCGAUGGUGAGGGCAUUAGGCUUGACUCCAACACCGCUUACUAGAUCUCUUUGUGUUUCUUCGCCUCUCAGUGUUUCUAUUGAGCUUGGCACUUUAUGUGAUGCUUUCUCUAUAGUGAUCAGUGGGAGAGAGUUCCUUGCUUCACUGAUUGUGAUUCCAGACCGCUCCUAUGAUGUUAUUUUGGGAGUGGAUUGGCUAAGGCCAAAUCGCUUUGAUUGA